UUGCGGUACUCGUUUGACAUCUGUCAAUUUUUGUCAGACUCACGAAAAUCUGAAAGGCGUUGGUUGGAUUUCAGUGUCUGAGUUUAAUUUUGUACAUAACUUUUUAAGCACAUUUUUGCUUUAUAGAAUGGGGGUAAAGAUCCAAACACUUGCACAGGGAGAUGGUUCAACAUUUCCCAAAAGCGGCCAGACUGUUGUGGUUCAUUAUACGGGUACUUUAACUGAUGGAAGCAAAUUUGAUUCUUCUCGCGAUCGAGGACCACCUUUUAAGUUCGUCAUUGGAAAAGGCGAAGUUAUCAAAGGUUGGGAUGAGGGCGUUGCACAGAUGAGUGUAGGUCAGAGGGCAAUACUGACCUGCUCACCUGAUUAUGGUUAUGGGCAACGAGGUCACCCGGGGGUAAUUCCUCCCAAUGCGACUCUUGUUUUUGAUGUAGAGCUACUAGAAAUUAAAUAAAUCACAUGUAAUAUCUUACAUCUGAUUCAGUUAAUUUGAUCUGUACCUAAGUACAGAUUAGACUUUUAAUUUACAGUACUAAUGUUUUUUUUUAUAGAUAAUCGACUUUUUUACUACCUGUCUCAGAAUUGUGUAACUUAUUAAGUUAACAUGUCAGCUAUUGUAGGGUUAUUUUUGUGGAGAAAGGUAGAUAGAUCCGACCUGGCAAUAAAAAUGAGAUAGUCACUA